AAUACUAUAGAGGCGUUCAAUCACACAGAUAAACCUUCUCAAACGGAGGAAAAAAAAAACUUGGAAUAACUCUAUUCAUUAAAAAGGAUUGAUGUAAUCAUGAUUCAUCCAUUACGCUAAGUUCCUUGUAAGUUGUAACUAAAAGAAAAAGUCAGCUUCAAUUAUUCCACGCCGACCUCAUGUUUUAAGUAGUUCAAUACUUCAUGCCAUCAUGCUGCUAUCUUUCCCUCUUAUCUUAUGGUUGACUUCAAUUGUCCCUAAGACAGACUAGAAAUGUCUAAGAUACGAGCUCUCCCUCUUGUUUUCUCAUGGCUUUGGCUAAGUUUAGCCGUCACUACAUCCACCACCAGCCCUAUAGCGAAGCCCGGUUGCCCGACGAGGUGUGGAAACGUGAGUAUUCCAUACCCGUUUGGUGUCGGCCUAGAUGGGGCAUGUUCCCUAAGUAGUUUCUACAACAUAAACUGCAACACUUCCUUUAACCCGCCAAAACCCUUCUUGGGUACGGGUAACCUUGAGAUCAUGGAUCUAUCCGGUAACGGUCAAAUGCGAAUAAGAAACUAUUUGGCAACUGGAUGCUACGAAGGAGGUGAGAUUGAAGCACCCAGCUCAUCCUCCGAUUUGGCAUGGAUAAAUCUCAGUUCUCUACCACUUGUGUUUUCAGACACCGCCAACAAGUUCACCGUCGUAGGUUGCGACGACCUCGCUUUGAUCAGAGGUACGUUGGGGCGUUCUUUCACAAGUGGGUGCCUUGCCGUGUGCUCGAGGCCAGACGAGGUGCUUAAUGGUACGUGCUCGGGGACAGGUUGCUGCCAAAUAUCUAUUCCAAAAGGGUUGAAAUUUUUCAUAGCAGUAGUGUCUAGCUUGAACAAUCAUACCAAUGUGUCGGACUUUAAUCCAUGUGGUCACGCUUUCUUAGGAGAGCAGGACAAGUUCACCUUCAAUCUUGCUAACCUUUCUGACCCAAUGUUUGUUAACAAUGUGAGGGAUGAAGUUCCUGUCGUGCUUGAAUGGUUUGUUGGUGCUAAUCAGACUUGUCGUCAAGCCAAGGAGAAUCCGGGUGCUUAUUAUGCUUGCCAGCCGAAUAGUAAUUGCACCGAUUUUGAUGAUGGACAAGGAUAUCGUUGCACUUGUCGUCCUGGUUAUGAGGGUAACCCUUACCUUAGUCCUGGCUGUACAGAUAUUGAUGAAUGUGCUAGUCCAAUCAAGCCUUGCUCUCACUACUGUACCAACACCCUUGGUUCUUACAAAUGCUCUUGUCCUAAAGGACAACGCGGUGAUGGUCAGACGAACGGCGCCGGGUGUACUAGAGGUCACUCCCAAUUUAUUACGAGGCUCAGUUUAGGUAUGAGCUUUGGCUUCUUAUUCUUGCUUAUUCUAGCGACUUGGAUAUAUUUUAGCAUUAGACGAAAGAAGCUUAUAAUAAUGAGGGAGAAAUUCUUUGAGCAAAAUGGAGGAAUCCUAUUGAAACAACAACUAUCUCAGAAAGGAGGGGCAACAGAGUCGUCGUCCAAAAUAUUUUCUGCAGAUGAGUUAAAAGUCGCAACAAAUAAUUUUAGUGAAGAUCGUAUUUUAGGCAAAGGUGGUUAUGGCACAGUAUACAAAGGAGUUUUAAGAGACGGUCGUGAAGUUGCAAUUAAAAAAUCUAAAGUUGCUGAUCAAUCUCAAGUUGAGCAAUUUAUCAACGAAGUAGUUAUUUUGACACAAAUCAACCAUCGAAAUGUGGUGAAACUACUAGGAUGUUGUCUUGAGACCGAGGUUCCUCUACUGGUAUAUGAAUUCAUCUCUAAUGGUACUCUCUUUGAACAUAUCCAUAUAAAUAAGGGUAUCGCAUCUUGGCUAACUUGGGCAAAUUGCAUUAGACUUGCCUCGGAGGCUGCUGAUGCUCUUUCUUAUCUUCAUUCAGCUGCAUCAAUACCAAUAAUUCACAGAGAUGUUAAAUCGACCAACAUACUACUAGACGAAAGCUAUACAACAAAAAUAGCCGAUUUUGGCACCUCUAGGUUAAUACCAAUAGAUCAAGCUCAAGUUACAACAUUAGUGCAAGGGACAUUGGGUUAUUUGGAUCCGGAAUAUUUCCAUACAAGCCAGCUAACUGAGAAAAGUGAUGUUUAUAGCUUUGGUGUUGUUCUUGCUGAGCUCUUAACCAGUGAAAAACAUAUCUCCUUUGAGAGGAAAAUAGAAGAAAGAAACUUGGCAACGUACUUUGUUCUGUCGAUGAAAGAAGAUCGGUUGAUGGAAAUCCUUGAUCCUCAGUUAGUGAGGGAAGCUAGUGAAGUGCAGCUAAUUACAAUGGCAAAACUUGUAAAGAAAUGCCUUAGUGUUCAGGGUGAUGAUAGGCCUACCAUGAAGGAAGUGGCUCUCGAGUUAGAGGGUUUGAGGAAGCAAAAUAGGCAUCCUUGGGCUGAACGGAACUACGAGGAGGAGACAACGGGCUUAACGGGUCAAGAGGAUCUUUACCCAGUACCUUCAAAUGCUUCUAAUGGUAAUCAAAGUAUUGGGGAGUAUUCUGGCCAAUAUUCAGUGCAAACGCAUAUGAUUUCUGAGAUCAAUUGGCCUCGUUAAUAAUUGAAAACCCCCCUCCCCAAAAGAAAAUGAAGAGAAGAAAAAACGAUCGGAGCUGCGACUCCGAGCAGCCAUCUUCAUAUUGAUUAGAACUCUGUUUGUUUUGCUGCUCUUUAGAGCUGCUGGAAGGAUGUGGAACUGUGUCUUUAUUUGGCGAUCCAUGUUUGGGUUAUUCAAUUGGAAAUGUUCAAGGACGAGAUAGCUGGGUUGCAACUUGCAAGACCUUAUUACUUCCUCCGUUUCUUUGUACUCGCUACACUUUCCAUUAUGGGAAGUUUCACAUUACUUGCUACACUUCUUUUUUGGGCAAUAAACUCUCUCUAUCUCUCUCCUCCCACAUGGGUCC